ACUAGUUUGAGCGUGUGAACGCGACUUUUAUUUUGGUCUGGCGAUAUGACAUCAUAAAGCCGCGUCGCACUGCUGCGUCUCUGCUUCAGCCAAAGAAAGAAAAAACCCUGGUGAAGCAACAGAGAUCCACUUGAUACACGCACUAUUAUAAAGAUGGCGUUAAUUAAGGAGGAGAGUGAAGACAUCAGGAUUGAAGAAGCAUUCAGUGUGAAACAAGAAGAUACUGAGGAACAAAUAGACCCAAUGUCACUAAAGAAGGAGAGUGAAGUACCAGCUGAAAUGGAAGAGAAAUAUCAAAAUGAGAAAUGUGAUUUCAUAACUGGAGAAAAAUCUUUGAGUUGCACAAAGACUGGAAAGACUUCCUCACAAAACAGAACUCAAAAGUCAGGAACUAGUUAUUUCAGCUGCUUUCAGUGCGGAAAGAGUUUCAGUCAGCACGAAAACCUUAAAGCCCACAUGAGAAUUCACAAUGGUGAGUGCCCUUUCACCUGCCAGCAGUGUGGAAAAAGUUUUACAGAAAAAGGAAGCCUUAAAAGACACAUGAGAAUUCACACUGGUGAGAAGCCUUUCACCUGCCAAGAAUGUGGAAAAAGUUUCACUCAAAAAGGAACCUUGAAAAGGCACAUGAGAAUCCAUACCGGAGAGAAGCCUUACUCCUGCAAACUGUGUGGAAAAAGUUUUAAAGCAGAACUAAACAUCAGGUAUCACAUGAAAAUCCACACUGGAGAGAAGCCUUUCAUGUGCCAUCAGUGUGGAAAGAGUUUCAGACAUAAUGUAAGCCUCAAGUCUCACAUGAAAAUUCACACAGGAGAGAAGCCUUUCAUGUGCCAUCAGUGUGGAAAGAGUUUCAGACAUAAUAUAAGCCUCAGCACUCACAUGCGAAUUCACACUGGAGAGAAGCCGUUCACAUGUGAUCAGUGUGGAAAGAGUUUCAGAUGUAAAGUAACCCUUAAUUGCCACAUGAAGAUUCACUCAAGAGAGGACUGUUUUAUAUGUCAACAGUGUGGAAUGAGUUUUACAAAUCUAGAGCGUCUAAACAGCCAUGAAAUAAUUCACUCUGGAGAGAAUCCUUUCAAAUGUCAUGAAUGUGAAAGGAUUUUCCAGUUCAAAAAAUCCCUUAAGUCUCACAUGAGAAUUCACACUGGAGAGAAGCCUUACACUUGCCCACAGUGUGGAAGGUGUUUUACAUAUAAAGCAACACUUGAUUCCCACAUGAGGAGUCACACUGGAGAAAGCCCUUAUACUUGCAAACUGUGUGAUAAAACCUUCUCACACAAUGGAAAUCUAAAGACUCACAUGAGAGUUCACACUGGAGAGAAGCCAUUUAUAUGUGUUGAGUGUGGAAAAUGUUUCACACGUAAAGAAAGCCUUAAUUACCACAUGAGGAUUCACUCAAGAGAGAUCUGCUUUGUGUGUCAUCAGUGUGGAAAGAGUUUUACAGACCAGAAACACCUUAAGAGGCAUGUCAUAAUUCACGCCGGAGAAAACUCUUUAAUGUGCCAUCAUUGUGGAAAGAGUUUCACACAUAAAGGAAACCUAAAGACUCACAUGAGAAUUCACACUGGAGAGAAGCCCUUCAUGUGCCAUCAGUGUGGGAAAAGGUUCAGUCAUAAAGUGAGCCUCAAGACCCACAUGAGAAUUCACACUGGAGAGAAGCCUUUCACAUGCCAUCAGUGUGGAAAAAGUUUCAGACAUAAUGUGAGCUUUAAGACUCACCUGAAAAUUCACACUGGAGAGAAGCCAUUCACAUGCCAUCACUGUGGAAAGUGUUUCAUGUUUAAAGGAAACCUCAAGACUCACAUGAGAGUUCAUGUUGGAGAGAGGAGUGUUACAUGUCAAAGAGACCUAAAACAUCAUUCACAAACUCAUUCUGUAAAUAAAUUACAGUGUUCUGUGUGUAACAAGACAUUUACAAAAAGGAGCAAUUUUAAAAAUCACCAGCGCAUUCACCCUGAAGCAAGGCAGUUUAAUUGUGAACAGUGUAAUAAAAAAUUUCUUUCAUUAUCACACUUGCAUAUACACUUGAAAAGUCAUGUAGAUGUGAGACGCUAUCAGUGUUUUCUGUGUGGAAAGGGUUUUAAAUGGCUUGGCAAUUUAAAAUGGCACCAGAAAAGACGUAUCUGUGUAAAAUUAAGGCUACGUUCACAACACAGUUAAAUAUGCUCAAAUAUAUAUAUUUUUUGUGAGGCUCUUCACAUGACAUUUCAAAUGUGUCUAGUAUUAGAUAAAUGUCUGAAUAGGUGAUGUUUCUUAAACAUUUUGCCAUUUCUUUAAUUUGCGUCCUUUACCUGAUUACUUUGCCUUGAGACUGUUUAUUAACUCAAGUGGCCACACCUGAUAUUUAUUUUUAAAUACUAAGCUGUUGCAGUAGAUAUCCUCUAAUUGUGAUUGUAUAGAGGAAACCCCUCAUUUAUUUGAUCGUUUAAUAUCUCAAAUUAUACAAAUGUACAUAAAAAUGUCUUGCUGUUAAAUGUUACAAUGGGAACGAAAGAUUAUUAAUAAAAGGAUAUAAACUGAAUGAGAUAAUUAACACU